UUUGCAUCUGGGCGAUACAUGCAUCCAUCAACCACAUGGUAAGUGCUAGGUAAACAAUAUUGAAAGGAAGCCAUCUAUGCUGAACUCUGACCCAACUCUGAACUCUGCACCUUCUAUGCCCGUCACCUCAGCACAUGAAUGAUCAAGCAGAUGAAUGAAUUUCCCAGUAGAAAACAGCAACAUUCACUAAUCCUUCUUCUUUAGGAAAAAAUAAUAAAAACAAUAAAAAAGCAGAUGAACAGCAAUGAAUUUGCUCCGAAACUCUGUUAACGCCGUUUAUGAUCUGUUUCUGGACAUUGCUGUUUAACAAAGUCAUACAUCCUGGUCAAAAUUUGAGGUAAAUGCCAGGAUGCACGCCAGAAGAUUAAUCCAGUCCAUGCACGCGAUGUUUGACAUUUUUGUUGCUCUUACCUUUUCCUCAAAUAGACAGGGACCUCUUGGGUGUUUGCUUACUGAACCAACAGCACCUCUUCUUUUUGAAAUAGACUGACACAUUGGGUCUUUGCUUGCUGAACCAGCGCCCACUUGAUUUUCAGCGCAAAUGGCCGUGCAGCUCACGCCGCCCUUACCUCGUCUAGUUCUAGUCACUCAGCCAAAUGUCCAAAGACAAGCAUCAGACGGGAAUAAACCAUACAGGUACGAAGGGGUGACCUGUCAUGCUUUAUUUGAGCAAAUACCACUUUGGACUUCGGUCGAAACAUGAAGGCAUUCAUCUUCGGACUUGAGGCCACACACUGAUGCAUCACCGUUUUUCCAGGGAAGAGCCUCUGGAUUUCUUCCACUUGCGCCAAGGUCAAACAUUCGCCUCACAAAUUAAACAUGCCAGAUCACAGAAAAGAGUUUCAAACAAGACAAAUCCAAGGUUUUGACUCUUUUUUCUAGAAUACUGAAAAAAUGUUUUCUAGAAUACCAAGGUUUUGACUCUGAUUGGACCUCGGAUUUGGUUCACCGUGCCAACUAUGCCAGGAAAUCAAUAAUAAGUCUUUCUAUAUCAAAGAAACAGAUACUGACAGGGGCCUUGCCGAUGGCGAUCUUUUCCAUUGACUAUGACUAUUCCAAGUCUUCCUCCCUUUGAUACUGAAAGGCUUAGUGGUAUCUUGAAAUAUGUGGAGGAUAUGAACUCACAUACUGUGUUAUAUUGUCUUGGUGAGAUUGCAGAAAUCCCAGCACCAUUUUAGCCAUGACAACGCCCCGUAGCAUGAUCUUGAGCCUUUCCUUCAUAGUAGCCUCUGCAGGCCUUGCCAUCCAAGGCAGAACCUGCAGUUGCCUGCAAUUUAACUACCCCAGCUUCGACAUGACCAACAAGAAUGAUUUCAGCUUCAGCCCAGGUUCAGCAAUUGCAAAUGGUUCCCUGAGAAUCGUGCCGAACACCGGAAACUCGAGCCACCAGUCGGGAAGGGUGGUAUACGUAAAGGAAACCCUCAAGCUGUGGAACAGGAAGCGAACUGUGCUCACAUCUUUCGGGACGCAGUUCACGCUCAACAUCCUCCCGGGAGAAGGUAUGGCUUUCAUACUCACAAAUAGCCUGUCGUUGCCCAGGAACAGCGGCGGCCAGUGGCUCGGCGUAUGCAACAACCAGACAGAUGGCGCGCCAACGAACCAAAUAGUAGCCGUGGAAUUCGACACGAGAAAGAGCUACCAGGACGACCUCGACGGCAACCAUGUCGGGCUCGACUUGAACAGCAUCAAAUCUGUUUAUCCGUACCCGCUCAGCAAUCUUUCAAUCAUCCUGUCAAGCGGCUCGGAUGUCUUGGUUAGUAUCAUCUACAACAGCACAUCACAUGCUUUUGUAUUAUCUGUAAGCCAGCGCAACACAAGUGGCAGUGGGGGGCAUAAUUGGCGAGAGAGCUGGCCGGUUGAUCUAUCACGGUACCUACUGGACGAAAUAUAUCUGGGAUUCGCAAGUUCCACGGGUGAUUACACCCAACUGAACCAGAUAAAAUCGUGGAACUUCACCACGAUAGACGACAUACUCGUCGCUGAAAGAACAAGACAUGGGAAGUGGGUGUUUUUGGUUCUCAUUGCCUUGGUUUUCCUCGUUACAUGUUCAUCGUUUCUUGUGUUGUUGGUGCGGAGAAGGGUGACACAGCGGAGAAGGCUAGCAUACCGCACGCUCGAGAAAAUGAUCGACGCACAUGGCCCGGUUAGAUUUAAGCUCAAGGAGUUGAAGCACGCGACCGCCAACUUCAGCCCUCACCGUAAGCUCGGUAGAGGUGGCGGCGGCACUGUUUACCUUGGAUACCUGAAUGGGAUCAACAGAGAGGUGGCUGUGAAGCGGGUCUCACUCUCAAGCCGAGGAGAGAAGGAGUUCGUGGCGGAGGUGAACACGAUCAGCAAGCUCUCCCACCGCAACCUUGUCAAGCUGAUUGGCUGGUGCCAUGAGGGAGGCGAACUACUCCUCGCCUACGACUACUUCCCCAUGGGCAGCCUGGACAAGCUAUUGUUCGCCAAUGCCACAACGACCACGUACUCGUCAUCGGCGCUCACAUGGGAGCGGCGAUACAGGAUAAUCUGUGGCGUGGCAUCUGCACUCGACUACCUUCACCACGGGAGCAGCAAGAGGAUCCUCCACAGGGACGUCAAGCCCAGCAACGUGAUGCUCGACGAGGCAUACAACGCGCGGCUGGGCGACUUCGGCCUCGCCCGUGCCAUCCAGCUCGAUGGAGCGACACACCACUCAACGCAGGCGGUUGCGGGCACUCGGGGCUACAUGGCGCACGAGAGCUUCUUCACCGGUCGUGCCAGCCUCGACACGGACGUGUACGCCUUCGGCGUCUUUGCCAUGGAGGUUGUCAGCGGGAAGAGCCCAAGCAGGUCGAUGCUAUAUGACACACAAGAAAUGUACAUUGUGGAUUGGGUCUGGAGGCAUUACAGCCUGGGGAAAGUCAUGGAGACAGCCGACACGGUGCUUGGAGGAGUGUAUGACGAGAUGCAGGUGGAUUCUGUGGUGCGGCUGGCCUUGGCUUGCUGCCACCCGAACCCGAGGGAUCGACCGUCCAUGCGGACGGCGGUGCAGGUGCUAAUCGGUGGAGCGCCUGCCCCGACUCCCCCAUUUGAGAGGCCUGCCUUUGUUUGGCCACUGUCAGGCAUGCAGCAGGAGAUGGAGCUGCCGCAGGUUGGUGUGCUCUUCACAGGAGGACAGCUCAUCACCUCCACUUCCCUCACAGGAAGGUGAGCAUCUCAAUGGCUGGUGCACUUGUACCGCCGAGUGUCUCAGUUCAGGGUCUAGGAAUUCAGGGGUCAAUGUUCGAAAUAAAAAACAGAGAGGGGGUCUUCUGGGCCUAGGCACAGCAACUCCGCCUAAAUGUACUGUCAGAUUCAUGCUAGUUUAUACAGGGUCAGCAGUCUGGUUAGUUGAUAUGUGAUGCAGU